AUGGCGGCAGCACUGCAGGAUGUCGAGGCGUCUUGUGCCAUCUGCGGUGCCUCUUCACAAUACGGAGAAUGCCCGCACGAGAGCAACAGCCUAGAAAAGGCAAUGGAGCAGGCUAUGAAGCGGUGGGCCGGGUUUGCGAUCAUCCGAGACUGGGUAUUAACGCACGCACGAGACCAAAUCAUGGAGACCUUCCAAAGCCUCAAAUCCGUGCGAUACCAAGCACACAUGCGCUACCUCCAAACCCUCCCCUGCUACACACUCUUCCAGAAAUACGGCGAUCCCCCGCUUACGGUCCAGCAACUGAACCACCUGCGGAGUCAAAUGAGCCAGGCACAAAACAUCUACCAACAAGGCGUGGACGAAGACUGGAGGAGGUGCUGUAUGAAGUAUCCCGAAGUGCUUGACUACUAUCUGAGCUUAGUCGACAUCGACCUCCCGGACGAUACAGACACGGCGGUUCGGGAUCCCAGGUUUGGCGGAGGACCUGUCAAUGAGACGAAGAGAAUCAAACCGAGGCGGGGAAGUACGGAUCUGGGAAAGGGACAUCGGAAGAGGUCGAGGCGGCGUAGUAGGGGAAGGACACCGCCGGCUGCUCCAAUGCCUGGUGGACACAGACGAUAA